CCUUUUGGUGUGGAAAACUGUUUGAAACUGACUUUGACAUGUAUACUGUGUCCAGUGUGGACUGGUGCCGUUAAUUACCUAAUCAACUUUAGGUAAAAAAAUAAAAUAAGAUAAAUCAGCAAAACUCAAGAUUUAGUGAGUGGAGAACAAAGCAGGAAGACGUCUGUGUGGAGAAACCAACACAGGAGAUGGAUCAUGCUGACGUUGUUUAUCUGGUCAUGUGGCUCAACAUUCGGGUCUGCCUUCCUAUCACAGUUCUGGUCAUCGGGCUCUGCUGCACGGUACGACUGGAAAACCUUCCUGUCAUCAAGUACAUGAACCUUCUGGUCUCCAAUCUGAUCCAGUUCGGCUCCAUGAUCAUCUGGGUGGCACAAAAGGAUGACAGAGAGAUCCCCGUCUUGACUGUGGCUGUGUAUUACUGCAGUGUGCUGGCCAGUCUGGGCUUCCGGCUCUGCAUCACUCUGGAGAGGUAUUUUGUGAUUGUCCCUCCAAAGCGGCAGUGCAUCAGACAACCUAUAAGUUCUGCAUUGAUUUGCUUUAUGGUGUGGAGUGUUUGUUUUACAGCUGUACCGUUUCUGAGAGCCUAUGAAUAUGUUUUACCCAUUUUUGUUUUCGUAGUUUUUGCUCUGGCCACCCUCUCGGUCCCCGUCAUGGUUUUCUGUCUCGCUCAGAGCAUCAGAUCGUUUCCUGCUGCCGCCUCUGUGUCCACAGAGGAGAAACGCAGAGUUGUGGGGGUUUUGGUUUUCUUUGUGGUCAGUUACACUGAGAUGAUCCUGUCCACAGACGUUUGGUCUGUUUUAGUCACCAGGUCGUUUUUAUUCUAUCUGUCUGACUUCAAAGUAAUAGUUUAUUCUUUUUUACUGAAUCCUUUUGUGGACCUGGUUCUGUUUGUGUUCAUGUGUAAAGGUCCCAUUGAUAAGCUGUUGGGACAUCUGUGCUGCUGCAGCAUGGAACAAACUGCAGAUAGAGUAAUUGAGGGGAUUUACGAGGGGGAAUGAUGAUGAACACAUUUAGAGAUUGACAGCAUGUUAGGAGGCAGUAUUUAAACAGAUAGAAAACUAAAAAACUUAAAAGUCUUCUACAACAUCAUACAGUAGCCAGAAAUCUUUUAUUUUUAUUUUUAUCAUUUAACGUUUAAUUUCAGUUUGAUGUCCUGUAUGAACUUUCUUUUGAGUUCUACUUUUUAGCUUAUCUGCCUAUGCAGCAAAUAUAAGAUGUGAAAUUGUCCUGUAGCUACUUAUGUAAAUCUCCCUCUCCUAAUAUACCAGCAAAUGCAACUGACUAAACAAUAACUCAGUAAGCAGUA